AUUUGCUGGUUAACUGGCAUUGCAGCUCUUGACAACCAACAUGUUGACAGUACUCAAUAUUUUGAGCUGUUAUCCACCUCAUAAGCUCACCUCUUGCAAAUGGGCACAAGACAGGUAGCAGAUGGAUGGUUAUAUUUUGUACUGUGACAACAUGGGCAGAAAACAAGGUACUGCAAAAGUCAAGACGAAAGGACCAAAGCUGGAGCUGGUUUUCAAUGAAAAUGACAGAAGGAAUUAUCUCACCGGCUUCAAGAAACGCAAACAGGAGCGACGUGAAACUGCAAUGAAGAAGUUUGACACCCGCUUCAAGCAGGAAAAAAAUCGCAUCAGACAGGAGAAGCGCAACAACCGCGUGUCACACGGUCCGACCGUGCUGCCGGACAACAUGCUCAUCUCGGAGGAGCCGGAGGCGGUGACGCACGAGCUGGACCGGCACACCGUCAGUGUGUCCACCAUCCGCCACAUCGACCUGAACGCUGGCGGCCUCUUCCCUGGUGGUCAGCUGACCGCUGAGCCCGAGGAGGAGGAGGAGCAGGACGAGGAGCAGAAGGAGCAGGAGGACCAGGUGCCCGGGAUGGAGCUCAAGGCAAGUGUCGCGGCUCAGCCACCAGAGAAGGCUGUUUCGCAGCGCUCGCGGCAGAAGAUCCUCCAGGCCAAGGCCAAGCUGCAGGAGAAGAAGAACAGGAAAAAGAGCCAGUGCCUGCAGAAGCAUAAGGCUCGGGUGCGCAAGAAGCACAUGAAGCUCUCCAACCAGCUGAAACGGCAAAAGCGAAAAGGCACCGCCUAGAGCUGGGUUUGCCAGCACUUGCCCUGAAGGUUUCAGCGAAUGGCUUGCGAUGUUCGUAUGUAUUGGGGAGUGUCAUCAUCCAUGCGUUGUUAUUGACUCCACCGUUUUUCAUUUAUAGGAUUGUGUUUGGCGGCGUUGAUAGCGUGCUGAAAUCUGGCGUGCUGUUACGCGGCAUAGUGAACCGAGUUAAACACGUGUUGCAUUGCAACAGAGCUACAUAUUUGUGGUGAAAAGAGACGGGCUCCCUGCUGACGUGCCUGGACACGUGUUUAACUCGCACUCAUCCGCUACAAUCACUGCUGUGAGUACCGUCCAACCAGCAUACAUGAACGCCAAUGUAAA